AUGGAAUGGCUCGAAGGUAUAUUUGAUAUUCUCGACGACGAAGAUGAAGAUGAUGCUUAUGGUAAACAACAAACACGAGAAGAUCUUGACGAUAUCAUGGAAGAAUACAACCAAGAUUUUGAUUUUGAAGCAAUGAAUACGAAUUUGGAUGAAGAAGAAAUGUUCAUUGAUGAUGAUGAUGAUGAUGAUAAGAAAAAUGUUGAAGAUCGAAUUUUAUCACAAGAAUUAAGUGAACUAUCGACCGAAGAGAAAUAUGAUGAUGAAGACUAUUUAAUAUACGAUAACAAACGACCACUGAGUACACCUUCAACACCAGAUGGAACAUCGAAAAAAAUGUCCCUAUGGAAUGAAAAUGAAACUCGUGAAGAUCAGGAAAUUGACUCGAUUUUUAAUAAAUUCAUAAUGGAUCACAAGAACAAACAUACGAUUCUUAUGAGCAUGGAAGAUAUACGAACACUAAUGAUAUUAAAACAUAGAAUAGCAACGAGUCAUAUGGAGAAAAGACAAUGGAUGAUUUAUUUAAAAUCGGGUACCGGACAAUGGGCAACAAAAGAAAGUGUAAAAACACAUGUUGAUAAGCGAGUUUGGCCUUUACAAGUCAAAAAAUUGAUAACAGAAAAAAUGGCUACUUUGAAUACAUAUGAAAUUCAUAAUGAAUAUACAUUAGGUGAAAUGAUUGUGAAUCAACAUUUACAAGAAUUAAAUCAGAAAAUCGAAGAAUAUGCUAUGAUAUUCAAUACAAUGAAAACAGUUUGCUUCGGUUGGACAGACAAUAUGGAUGAAAUCAUCGAUACAUUUGUUCAACAACAUAGUAUAGUACCAUUUGCAGUAAAAUUGAACUAUAAACUAACUCUUUGGGAAUAUGAUUAUGAUGAUCAACUAUUACAACGUGAAUAUUUUCGAUGUCAACCAACCGCAUAUCAAAUUGAAAUGGCUCGACUUCUUCAAAAUCUAAAAUUUAACUAUUUACAAGCUACACAAGAAUUAAUUGAAAUAAAAAAACGUGUUCUUUGUCAUCGACCGACGUCACCGAUGUUAUCAAAUAUAGUAUCAUCAUCCAUCUCAUUAAUACCGACAAAUAUAGAUAGAACUGUCGAUGAACAAGUUCAUAAACAACAACAGGAAAUCACCGAAAGUUUAAAAAUAGUAAUAACUGAAGCAGAAAAUAAAAUUCAAGAAUGUAAAACAUUAUUCGAUGAAACAGUUGAACAAGUACCUAUUCAUGAAGAUAAUCGAAAUGCAGCAUUAACAGGAAAACUAGCUGAUCUUAUUUAUCGACGUUUCUAUGUUCUUCAAAAGAAAAUGGAUUGUCUUCAUUACUAUCGAACCGAUCUUUCUGUUCGACGUCGUCGUCGUCGUGGUCGAUAUAAUCGAUACGAUACUCAUAACGAUAAGACACCAAAUACUAUGUUCCGUUUUUCACCAUCCAUGAUUAUUUGUACGAGUCGUCAUGCAUUCACUGAUGAACAAUUAAAACUUUUAAAUCGUGGACCCACUUAUGUUCCACCCUAUCAAACAUAUAUAUCUUCAACUGACCAAUCUACAAUUGAGAUGAUUAAGAAGAAUUUUAAACUAUUACAACAUCAUUUAACUAUUCUUUUGACAAAGUCCAAUGUGAAUAUGGCACAAGCGACGUUAAUUAUCAAACAGAUUAAAGAUGCUUAUACUCUUACUUUUUCACGUUCAUUAUCUUCAUCGAUGUAUCAACGUGCACUCUAUGAACGUAAUUUAGUAGACACAAUAAGAGCACAUCUAAAAAGCAAUGAUCUUAUUCUACGACGAACAGCAGAUCAAAGAAACGUUUUCUAUCUUGGAAAUCGAAAUGAUUUUGAAGACAAAACCAAUGAAUAUAUGAAACAGACAGAUAUAUUUGAAAUUUGUGACGAUAUUAAUGAUGAAAAUCUACAAGUGACACGUGACUAUUUAGUAAAAAAGAUCAAAGCAUUUAAUGAUGAAUUAAAUUUUAUUUUUCAUGAUAAAAAAUAUAAAGAUCUCAUAGAAAAGUUAUCUAUUGAUACGGAUAAAGUUGAACUACCUUAUCUCUAUUUUUUACCUGAUGUAUCUCAAAAAAAUAAUCUCUCUGUAAAACCAAUCGUUGUCACGCAACGAAGUGCUACAUCACGAUUGGGUCAGUUCUUAGAUCAAUUAUUACGACCGACUGCUCAUCGUCAUAUGGAAUAUACUACAUUUCUCAAUGGAGCUGAUUUUAUUCGAAAAUUAAAUGAAUAUACAACCGACAAGGAACAUUGUAUUCGUCCGACUACGAUUUUUGCAAGCAUUUCUAUAUCUAACUUUCAUGCCAUCGUUCCGCAUAAAACUAUGCUUAAUGUAUUCAAAGAUUUUUUAAAUGAUUGUACAAUUAGACCUUUCAUUGAAGAUCUACAUAUUAAUAAAAUUACACAUUUGACGGCUCUUUUCUUAUACCAUAAUCAUUUCUAUUACAAUCAUAAAAUUUAUCGUUUUGCAAAAGGUAGUCCAACAAGUCUAUCGUACACGCAAACAUUAGCAAAUAUUUAUCUUUAUCAAUGGCAAAAAUUAUUCUCAAGACAAGCUUCUAUAAAAAAUGAAUUUUUUGGCCGAUGUCAAAAUCAACUUUUCUUUACAUGGAAUGAAACAGAAGAUGAACUUCAUGCUCUAUUGAAAAUGGUGGCUAGUCAAGAUCCAAAUGUUAUUUUCGAUUUCGAAAUUGGUCGUAGAAUUCCAUUUUUAGAAGCUGCCAUUGAUAAAUAUGAAGGUGAACUCGCUACUACUAUCUAUCAUAAUCCAAAGAGACAAAAAUAUACAUUACCCUAUGCUAUUAAUAAUGCAAAAUUAGCUCAUAGUCAUUGGCUUCGAUCAGCGUUGAUUCGAGCCGCUCGUUAUUGUACAAGCGUUUAUGAGUUUGAUUUUGAACGUAUUUCUCUCGAAGUCGCAUGUUUAGCCAAUGGUUAUUCAUUAGAAUUUGUUGAAAAACGCGUUAAUCAUUUUUAUACAUUCUUCGAUGCGACAUCGCUUCGUCAAUCUUUGGAUCAGAACGUCUACGAAAAGCUACGCCUUCGAUUAUUCAAUUUCAUUAGUGAACAAAAACUUAUUGGAAAAAGAAAUCAAGAAUCGGAAAAGAAAAAUGAACGAGUACGAUUGUUUUAUUUAAAUGCAUUUGGUUCAAAACGAAAGUUUAAUACACUAUUACGUGAAAUUCUAUCGAAUUAUUUAAAAAGAAAAGAAUCAUCAUCAUCAUCAGCGUCAUCAAAACCCAAUGAAAUCAAAAUCUUAUCAACAGCAAAGUAUCAAUAUUCUUUAAAUGCUUUAUUAAGUCAGCAAAAGCCUAACCAUCCUCUACUAAAGAAAACAAUGACAAAGAAAUGA